GCACAGCUCAAGCUUGUGAAAGCAGGAGAGAAAAAACGGCAAAGAAUGUCAGUGAAACUUGUACUACAACUUGUGUUUGUUCAAAUUGCGAGGCUCUCUUGGGGACAAGAUUGUACACCACCGGGCUUCCCUCAUCUGAAAUGUACUGUUAGUAAAAACUGUUUAGAUGCCUGGCUAUCACGUUUGACUAACAAUAAUCUCAAUCCUAGUGCUCCCACUGAGUUGACUGUAAAAUCCAUCCUUAAAGAUUAUGUUUACGAUGGGCGUAUCGUUUCUAAUUAUCCUGCUUUCAGUAUCACUUGGAAGGCAGCUGAUGAUGUUGGAUUCCGUUACACAAAGGGAUUUAAAGUGACCAUAUUGUUUUUAAAUGGGUACAGAGUGAACGAAAAUAUAUGUAGAUUCUACAACAUGACUGAGGCUGUCUGGAAUGAUUCGGACCACUUGAACCAACCAAAAUUCCACUUCUUCAUAAAUAACCUCCCGCCAAGCACAGACUGCUGGGUUGAAGUUUGCAGCCUCCCCAUGCCAAGCCCUGAUCGCACACAACCCUGUGUACAUAGGAUCCGAACGACAUUCAGAGGCAAAGCAUCCUGCUAG